UAGUUGCAACAUCGUAUCAAAAAGACCGUGUCCUCACUGCAGUAAGCAUCGAGUGGAUAGUGUUCAAUAAUUUUUGGACUUAGUAUUUUUUCUUUACUUGGGAGAAAUAUCUUUGGAAUAUACAUGCAGUCUUCGAGCUCAACAGAGAAAUGCGCUGCUAGUCUGGAAAAACGCUGAGGGGAGGGAGGAGGGAGACACUGUAACCUACCUACUACCUACGGUCUCUGGAUUCACUGGUUCUGAUGAUCAGGAGUAUUUGCAGGACUGCUAGAUGUUGAGCUCUCUGUUUUCUGUAUGAGGGACACAACCACACAGAUGGAGUCGAGGGUUCCCCACCACAUCCCUGGAGUGUCUUCCUCCAUUAUAUCCCAGCCGUUGCGUAUGGUUCCGUAUGGAAGGCUACACCACCCGCUCACCAUCUUCCCAAUCGACCAGAUGAAGUCCUCUCAUGUGGAAAAUGACUAUAUUGACAGUCCCGCUGUGGUCUCCCAGCAACCCCUCAACCAGAAGGCUGUCAACAGGGGGCCCCACGAGGCACUGCUAGGGGCCCCCCACCUCCCCCAACUGGCGCGCUGCAACCCUCACAACGCCACCACACACCCCUGGAUAACCUUCAGCGGGCGGCCCAGCUCCAUCAGCAGCAGCAGCAGCACCUCGUCAGAGCAGAGGCUGCUGGACCACGCAGCCCCCACCCCCGUGGUGGACCACAACUCCACCGUAGUCACCACCAGGACCCCCUGCUGCGGGCCCAAGGCGCUCACCUCAAAGCCCCUGGAUCUAAAAACUGCUGCCCUGGGGGCUGCAACGGUUGACAAGAAGCACAUGCUGCUGUGUGAGAUUUGUGGGAAGUGCCGCUGCACGGAGUGCACCCUGCCCCGGACCCUGCCCUCGUGCUGGGUGUGUAACCAGGAGUGCCUGUGCUCAGUGCAGAGCCUGGUGGACUCAGCCACAUGCAUGUGCCUGGUCAAGGCCAUUUUCUACCACUGCACAGAGGACGAGGAUGAUGAGGGAUCUUGCGCAGACCGCCCAUGCUCCUGCCACCAGUCUAACUGCUGUGCGCGCUGGUCCUUCAUGGCAGCCAUGUCCCUGGUGCUGCCCUGUCUGGUGUGCUACCUGCCCACCAUGGGCUGUGUCAAACUGUCGCAGAAGUGCUAUGACAAAACCAGCCGUCCGGGCUGCCGCUGCAAGAACUUCCAGCAGGCCUGUAAGAGCAUGGAGGCCAAGGCUGCAGGCCAGGAGAAACAGGCCUCAUGAUAGUCAUUGGCUGUUGCCUUAUCAAUACCCUCUGGAUAGGACAAUCCCACCAACCCCUACCCACUGGAUGACUUCCAGAAAACCAUGGUACUUACAAAAGGGUUUACACUUGUCCUUCUUGGUUCGAGUGAUGUUAUUCCACACAAGUCAGAAUAGGUCUGUCUGCUCAAUUGGUUGUCCUAGACAACUGCUUGCCUCAGAACCCAUCUUUAUAAGUAUAACAGACUGGCAGAUUUUGUUUCUAAAAUGGCUGAAGGCACAAUUCAUUAUCCCUCUAUACUGCUCUGAAUUUCCAGCUUCAUCAUAGCUAGCUACUCUAUGACACAUUGGACCCCAGUUGUUGUUCUCCCAAAAAAAACACACAAAAAAGAAGCCUGCUCCAAAGCAGUUUCCCUCUGUUUAUGCAAACUGUUGAUUUCCUUUUGGGUAGUAAAGGAUACUUCAACUGAAACAGCCACCCACUCUCCCCCAUAUAUGAAACGUUUCAGUCCCAUACAAGCCUUCCUGUUGCUAGCUUGAUGUUGAGCUCGUUAUGUCAAGGUGGAAAAGUAAGAGGUAAAGUCGUGUGUCUUUGCCCGUCUGAUAUGUAAGGUCAUACCACAACUGAGAGAAAAAUAGUGUUUAGGAUUGCCUGACUUGAUCACUUUCCAUUUCUUUGAGGGAAUUUUUUAAACCUAGCUUUUACCAAUCACUUCAGAAUAAUUUCACGUCAUGCCCUGCAUGAUGUGACGUAGUGGUUAACCCCAGUGCUCGACGUGGAUGUGUUGUAGAAAAACCUCCUCAGGGAUCGUUCCUCAUCAGUAGAAUUUGGUCUAGCACGUAAAAACUGCCAUUAGCCUAGUUGACUUCACUUUGCACAAUAGGCAAAGAACAGUUUCAAAAGGGCAAAAGGGCAAUUGUGAAUUAUUUAGGAAGAGUAAGUUAAGAGAGGAAAUGGAGGGAAAAUACAGUCGUAGAAAAAAAAGGUGCUAUCCAGAACCUAAAAGGGUUUUUUGGCUGUCCCCAUAGGAGAACCCUUUGAAGAACCCUUUUUGGUUCAAGGUAGAACCAUUUUGGGUUCCAUGUAGGACCCUUUCCACAGUGGGUUCUACAUGGAACCAAAGGGUUUUACGUGGAACCAAAAGGGUUCUCCCUGGGACCAAAAAUAGUUAUCUUAUGGGGAUAGCUGAAAAACCUUUUAGAAAAUUUUCUGGAGUGUAGCGUUUUCAGAAAGAGGUCAAGUGAAGCUGUAGCAUAUCUAGCCAGCCUUAGUUAAAUCAAACCUGCCACUUGAACAACCUUUUUAGAUGACGCAAACCCCUUAUGAUGUACUGAAGCACAGUAUUAAGUAUCAAUGCUUAAUGUAUUUUACAUUACUCUGUGAACUACUUUGAGUCCACAUUGUAUCAAAUCAAAUUUUAUUGGUCGCAUACACAUAUCUAACAGAUGUUAUUGCGGGUUUAGCCAAAUUCUUGUGUUCCUAGCGCCAACAGUGCAGCAAUAUCUAACAAUACACACAAAUCUAAAAGUAAAAUAAUGGAUUUAAGAAAUUCUCAUAAUUUUUUGCUGCAGUGUUGAGUUUUUCGUCUGUUAGAAAUAUUAUUUAUCUUUAUUUUCUCAAUCUAUUUUUGCGGCUUGCAUGGAGUACCAAUGACUUUGCCAAAGGAGUUUAGUAUAGCUUGUUUAGCUGUCUUAGGGAUCAUAUUUGUUAUGCACUCGCCAAAUUGUCAGAGGGCAAUUGCUCUUAAUUAAAGGUGCUGUGUCCUUUUUUUAUGCUUCAGUUUGGCAUAAAGGGAUACCAUCGUUGCAUAAAUCUACACGUUUCUGUCACGUCGGUUCUGAGGUCCCCCACUAACAUUAGGGCCUGCCUCUUUUACAUUUUUGUACUUGUCUUGUUGCACAAAGCAGAAAACAUACAGGAAAAAAAAACACUGUUCUUAGUCUUGAAUGUAUAAGGCAAUAUUAUUUUCAAAUGUUUGCAAUUCAAUCCAAGGGAAGGUGCCAAAAUGGGGAAAUAUGUUCUGACUGACAAAGCCAGGGAAUAUUUGUUGAUGUGACAAUAUGUUAUAGAAAUAGACCUAUGUUAUAGAAAUAGACCUAUGUUAUAGAAAUAGACCUAUGUUAUAGAAAUAGACCUAUGUUAUAGAAAUAGACCUAUGUUAUAGAAAUAGACCUAUGUUAUAGAAAUAGACCUAUGUUAUAGAAAUAGACCUAUUUUAUAGAAAUAGACCUAUGUUAUAGAAAUAGACCUAUGUUAUAGAAAUAGACCUAUGUUAUAGAAAUAGACCUAUGUUAUAGAAAUAGACCUAUGUUAUAGAAAUAGACCUAUGCAGGUGAUAUGUUGUUGUAAAUAGUUUUAAAUGUCCUUGAAAAACUGCAUGGUACAUUAUAACUACAAUACAAAACAUAUAUAUAGAUAUAUAUUUUGAGGGUAAAGAUUUGAGGUUGAGGGGAAGAGGGAGGGGGGGAAGACAGGUCUUACUAUCAUAAGCACUUGAUUUAGAAAAGUGUGCCCCGCAGUAAAAAUACCUCUGUUUAUGCUAUUCAUGCCUCUUUAGCGGAUAGAGGCGAAGCUAAUUCCCAGUUCUUCAGUGCCCCUGCAACUAUGGAAUCAUUGAAUCCACUGAAGUAAUACAAUUUUGGCCUAUCCGGAUCAACCCAUUUCCCUCUGUUUGUACUUACACAGUGUCGCAACUUUUUUUCCCUCCCCAAUUUGGCCGACAAAUACCCUGGCCUUGAUUGACCAAUACCCUGGCCUUGAUUGACAAAUACCCUGGCCUUGAUUGACAAAUACCCUGGCCUUAAUUGACCAAUACCCUGGCCUUUAUUGACAAAUACCCUGGCCUUGAUUGACCAAUACCCUGGCCUUGAUUGACAAAUACCCUGGCCUUAAUUGACCAAUACCCUGGCCUUGAUUGACAAAUACCCUGGCCUUGAUUGACCAACACCCUGGCCUUGAUUGACCAAUACCCUGGCCUUAAUUGACAAAUACCCUGGCCUUGAUUGACAAAUACCCUGGCCUUAAUUGACAAAUACCCUGGCCUUAAUUGACCAAUACCCUGGCCUUUAUUGACAAAUACCCUGGCCUUGAUUGACCAAUACCCUGGCCUUGAUUGACCAAUACCCUGGCCUUAAUUGACAAAUACCCUGGCCUUAAUUGACAAAUACCCUGGCCUUGAUUGACAAAUACCCUGGCCUUGAUUGACAAAUACCCUGGCCUUGAUUGACAAAUACCCUGGCCUUAAUUGACAAAUACCCUGGCCUUGAUUGACAAAUACCCUGGCCUUAAUUGACAAAUACCCUGGCCUUGAUUGACAAAUACCCUGGCCUUAAUUAACAAAUACCCUGGCCUUGAUUAACAAAUACCCUGGCCUUGAUUAACAAAUACCCUGGCCUUGAUUAACAAAUACCCUGGCCUUGAUUGACAAAUACCCUGGCCUUGAUUAACAAAUACCCUGGCCUUGAUUUACAAAUACAGCUGCUGUCCAUAAACGUGUCAAAAGCACCAUGAGGAAAAGAGAACUGUAAAGCUAUGUUCCAUUCCAUCUUGUUUAAUAGUGGAUCUCUUGUGCUUCUCUGCCUUUUUUCUUCUCUGUCUCUCUCACACUGUGGCUUGGGUAAAAUCCUUAGCCCCAAACUACAUUAGCGUCAUGUGUUUGGUGGCCUGUUAAGGUAUUGAAUAAUCACCAACCAUGACAACUCAAUAAUGAAGCCUUUUAUUUUGUUAGAAUGCUGUGACUUAAACUCCAUUUUGUGGUACACUUGUGGCCACUAGAAUUAUCUUCAACUCAAUCAAAAUAACCUUCAAAACUGCUGGCUCCUGCUAUUCAAUGUCUUUGCCUUUGCAAUGUCAAUGUUGCGGAAAAAUUAGCUCUGUGCUUUUGUUUUGUUUAACUAUAACAAAAUGAACAAAUCUCCCAUAUAAAAGUUUCCCUUUAUAGAUAUAUUUAUUUUGAAGUUCUAUUUUAUAUAGUAUUUAUUUAGAUGCCAACCUGUGUUUGUGAAGAAAGCUCAUGUCGAAAUGGAAUGUACAUUGACAUUGGAAAUAUAUAUUGUUAAAUAUAAA